CUUGGGCUGGAACAGAAGCACAAAACAUCACCUGCAACAUUUCUAGCUACUUAGUUUUCCUUUAACUUCCUUCAACAGCAAUUACUGCACAUAGAAACAAUGCAUAUUGUAAAUUUGCUUAGGAAGAUAUUUUCUUUCAUUAAGCACAUUAGUAGUAGUAGUAGUAGUAGUAGUAGUAGUAGUAGUAGUAGUAGUAGUAGUAGUAGUAGUAGUAGUAGUAGUAGUAGUAGUGUUUAUAUUUCCUUUAACCUGGCUUGGUAUGCCCAGAAUAAGAGGGAAAUUAUUGUCUGGCCAUAGAGGAAUUCUGCUUCUAACCUGAGAAACUCCUUCUAUGCACUAGAGGGCAGCAGUGAGAGCGCUCUGUUAAUGGGAACAAGCUAGUGUGGCCUGCAGCCAUUUGCCCAGUAAUAGUGUGUGUCAGUUGUGUGAAAACUGACAGUUUGUUCUUUCCCUUCCCCUCGCCGGUCGCGUUGUGAGAAGGCGGCAGUUGCAGCAGUGGCAGCCGGCGCCGGGGAUUGGAUCAGUUGAUUGCAGAGAGAGCAGCAGCAGCAGCCGCACAGGGAGGAGGAGGAGCAGCAACAGCAGCAGCUUUAGCUCAUUCAAUUGUGGAGACAGUAGAGGGGGCUUGUGGCAGCCUGGACUCUGCUUCUUCAUCUCAUCCAGGGACGGAGGAUGUCGGGUAAAAGCAACCAGAGCUCCAGUGAAAUGAGCGGAGACCCCCAAGAGGAUGAAGCGCAGAGGAAAAAGAAGAAAAAGAAGGCAUCGUGCUUCCUCAAUAUCAAGAUCUUCCUGGUGUCCGAGUGCGCGCUGAUGUUAGCGCAGGGCACGGUAGGAGCGUAUCUGGUCAGUAUGUUAACAACACUGGAACGAAGAUUUAACCUACAGAGCGCAGACGUUGGGGUUAUCGCCAGCAGCUUUGAGAUUGGAAAUUUAGCGCUGAUACUGUUUGUUAGUUACUUUGGUGCCAGAGGACACAGACCACGGUUGAUAGGAUGUGGAGGAAUUGUUAUGGCCCUUGGAGCUCUUCUUUCAGCCCUGCCUGAAUUUCUGACCCACCAAUACAAAUAUGAACCUGGCGAGAUCCGAUGGGGUGCAGAAGGAAGAGACGUUUGUGCCAUCAAUGGUUCAGCGAGUGAUGAAAUUCCAGACCCGGAUAUAAUCUGCAGCAAUACAGCUACCACCAACAUGAUGUACUUGCUUCUGAUUGGUGCCCAGGUUCUACUUGGGAUUGGAGCUACACCCGUGCAGCCCCUUGGAGUUUCCUAUAUUGAUGACCACGUGAGAAGGAAAGACUCUUCCCUAUACAUAGGAAUACUCUUCACCAUGUUAGUCUUUGGACCAGCGUGUGGUUUUAUCUUGGGCUCCUUCUGUACGAAGAUUUACGUGGAUGCCUUUCUUACUGACACAAGUAAGCUGGACAUCACACCAGAUGACCCACGCUGGAUUGGAGCCUGGUGGGCUGGUUUUCUUCUCUGUGGCAUCUUGCUCUUCUUUUCAUCGCUCCUGAUGUUUGGCUUCCCGCAGUCCCUGUCCCCAUGCAUUGACCGUUCAGAGGAGAGUGAGCAAACCAUGUUGCCUGACGCGGAAUAUGAGAGACCCAAGCCUAGUAAUGGGGUGCUGGGACAUUCCUCUGAAACAGAUGACAACACUACCUGUUUUCAGCAACUUAGAGUGAUUCCAAAAGUGACAAAGCAUUUGCUUUCGAAUCCAGUCUUCACCUGCAUCGUUCUUGCAGCUUGCAUGGAAAUUGCAGUGGUUGCAGGCUUUGCAGCGUUCCUGGGGAAAUACCUGGAGCAGCAGUUUAACCUGACCACUUCUUCUGCCAAUCAGUUGUUAGGAAUGACAGCUAUUCCCUGUGCCUGCUUAGGCAUUUUCCUUGGUGGGCUUCUUGUGAAGAAGCUAAGCUUGUCUGCACUUGGGGCUAUCAGGAUGGCUAUGCUGGUAAACCUUGUGUCCACGGCUUGUUAUGUAUCCUUUCUCUUCCUGGGAUGUGACACAGGCCCUGUGGCUGGAGUGACUGUUCCCUAUGGAAACAUCUCCAUUCCCGGUGCCUCUGUGGAUCUCUAUGCUUCCUGCAAUACUGACUGCGAGUGCCAAACAGACUCCUUCGCUCCUGUGUGUGGUGCUGAUGGAAUCACAUAUCUGUCUGCUUGCUUUGCUGGCUGCAAGAAAAUGAAUCUGGCUGGCUGCUCCUGUCUCACUUCGGUCCCUGUGGAGAAUACCACCGUCGUUCCUGGAAAAUGUCCCAGCCCUGGUUGUCAAGAGGCCUUUCUCACAUUCCUGUGUGUGAUGUGUGUCUGCAGCAUGAUAGGAGCUAUGGCCCAGACGCCGUCAGUUAUCAUUCUCAUCAGGGCAGUAAGUCCUGAACUGAAGUCAUAUGCCCUGGGGGUUCUAUUUCUUCUUCUUCGUUUGAUAGGGUUUAUUCCUCCACCACUGAUCUUUGGAGCGGGAAUUGAUUCAACGUGCCUCUUCUGGAGCACAUUUUGUGGAGAGCAAGGAGCAUGUGCACUGUAUGACAAUGUGGCAUACCGAUACUUGUAUGUUAGCAUUGCUAUAAUUCUGAAAUCAUUAGCAUUCAUCCUGUAUACCACAACAUGGCAAUGCUUAAGGAAUAACUAUAAAAGAUACAUAAAAAACCAUCAAGGAGGACUCAGUCCAAGUGAGUUCUUUUCCUCUACAUUGACCCUGGACAACCUGGGGAAAGACUCUGUGUCCCAAAAAAAAACUCAUAGGACAAAAUUCAUAUAUAAUCUUGAAGACCACGAAUGGUGUGAAAAUAUGGAGUCUGUUUUAUAGUAGCAGGUGACUGAACGAAUUCUAUAGUGUCAUUUGAGAGUUCUCCUUUUUUAAAGGAAAAAAGACAUUAUAUGCUUCUAUCAGACUUACCCUGGGCAGCCCUUGAUAUUAGCUACAAAAUGGCCUAGCAAAGCAAUGAAUAUGUAUUUAUUGUAGCUAAGGCCUUCAACAUUUGAUUUUCCACCAGUAAUGGUAAUGCUUCAGAUGACGAAGGCUGGUUCAGAACUCAGUAGGCUGAAUAGGUUGGAGAGAAGUGGAUACAAAGCCAAACAGCCAGUGGGAUGCCAGUACAAUAUAUAAAUUUGUAUCAUUAUGCAAUAAUGCAUUCUGAUUGUCACAAGCGCUAGCGGUUUUCCUGGAAAAUGGCACACCAAGAAUGCAAUAGUCCAAUACCAGCUCUCUCUUUGCUAUGAAUGACAACCCAGAAUCGAAUACAUCAUACUCAACUUUGUUGCUUUCUAAACAUGAAACAACACAGUUAAUUUUGUUGCGCGUUUGUGUGUGUGUGUGUGUGUGCGAGUCAUGGAUUUAAAUGCAACCCUCUACAACCACAAAAACAUGUUAUAUUCUUUUGUUGCCAGGAGUCCUUUCUCAAUGAUGUGUGCCACAUUCUUGAAAAGUAUUUAUUUUUAACCAUUGUUGACUUUAGUAAAGUAAGUAAUGUUGUUAUAUAGUCACACAAGAAAUCAGUUGAUUGUGGCUACUUUUGCUAGCCUUGGUCAAGUAUCAGCAUUCAUUUGUAUGAUAAGACAUAUUUAUCAAAGACCCAGACAUAUUACAAAACUGCUUGUACUGAGAAAUACCUAAAAUUCCUAAGUUCAUCCCAUUUUAAUGUCUUCAUUUCUUCUUUCUUCUGUACCCUGAUUGUGUCUUCAGUAUAGCGUAUCUGGAGUAUAGAAAUAAAACUUCUUUAUUGUCCCUUACACAAAAACCCAAAGAUAAUAAUUUACAAACCUUUAAUUUAAUUUCACAAUCAAGAAAAAGUUCUGACAAAUUGGAAUUAACUGGCACAAAAACAGAAGACAGAAUGGAUUUUUCCUCUGCGCAGUGAUUUAUAGUUUCAACUCUCCUAAUUCUUCCCAAUAGGAUUUGGCAGUGGUUCAGACAUCACCAGCAUGUUGGUUUGUACAUUUACUGAUACCAUUUUAACAGAAAUGAGCAGGAGUGAGACUGCUGAAGAUAAACAGAUGCAUUUGAAAUACAUACCCCCAUAUGUAAUAAAAUGCAUAAAGUUUGCCCAGGUGCAGAAACCCAUAGCAACCAAUAAGAUGUUUGCUGUUAAUCAGGUGACCAAUAAUUGCUACCUGCCAUUGGUUACUGCUCCUGGCAAACUUAGUGCCUUUUAAUACAUAACCCCCAUAAACAAUUACAGACCCUAGACACAUUAUUGUCAUGGCUUGCUUAGCAGUUUUAAGGGUCUACGUCAUUCCAUUCAACCUACCCCCUUUCCAGGUGAUUUAAAACUAAAGACUUCAGUGCAGAUACAUUUGUUUCCACUGGUAUCAGGUUAUGUCACAUCAUAACAAAUACAAAAAAGUAGGCAGUAAAUGUUAGCCUGAAAUAUACUUUUAGUGGUAACUCUUGCUAUUUAUAUCACCAUUAUCAGGGCAUUUCAGUGGUAGGUGCCCCUCAUACUUAGUGUUUAUGCUUUCUGCACUAGCAAAUGAGUUUUAAUAAUUUCUUAUCUAAGAUAUGCCACAUAGCAAACGUAAGUGUACACCUGCCAAACCAAGGGUAUUACUAUGAAGUUGUUCUUCAUUUGUUGUAAUUACAGUCUUGGCUCUUCUGGGAAGGCUUUCCACUAGAUAUUGGAACAGUGUAGGUGGUACUUAAUUUCAUUCAGCCACAAGAGCAUUUGUGAGCUUGGCAAUUAAUGUUGGGGGUCAGGCCUGGCUCACAGUCAGAAUUCCAGGUCAUCUAUCAAGUGUUCAGUUGGGUUGAGGUCAGGGCUCUGUUUAGGCCAGUCAACCUCUUCCACCUCCAUCUCAGCAAUCCAACUCUUUAUGAACCUUACAUUGUGCAGGGCCUUUCCAGAACUGUAGAAGCAUAUUAUAGUCAUUGGAUAAUGGCACAUAUGUCAGCAAUUCUGGCUCUGGCAUUAAAAAUUAAUUCUAUUAAUAAGAAGAGGUGUCCACCGACUUUUGACCAGAGUGUACAGGUGGUGCUUAACUGUAUGAAAGAGAGCAACAAUCCAGCCAUUUGGGAACAUUUGCAAUGUUUUCAGUGCUUAGCAUUAGUAAAGCUGCUUUUCUGCCACUGGAAAAUACUGGGAUAUUAGAUUGAUAGGAAAAGUACAUUUUAUAGUAUACAUAACCAACGUGCCAAAAUGGCCCAAAAGCUUUCAUUUUGCAUAGCUUGACGUUAUUGGUCAAACAAUAUCUAUGGCCAAAUGUACUAUAGAACAGAAUUUUUAUUAUUCUUUUUUUUACCUUCUUUUCCACCAUGUUUUCAUUCUUCAAAAACAAAAGGAUUGUAAUUAAGAGUAAAUAUGUAUAAGAUUAAUCUCUCUCUGGCUCUUCAAUCUUGGUAUUAGAGGGUCUAUUAAAAAUGUUAUAACAUGCUUAGAUUAACCAGUAAUGAUCUUUGUACUUAUUAAUUUCCGAUAAUUAUAGCUUGGUUUCAUUUAGUAUUUUGCAAACUGUACAUUUUCAAAGAUGAUUUUUAUUUACUUAUGUGUCCGAUAAGUACUCAUAUUUCUAAUAUGAAAUCAUAUCAUUUUUUAAAACAGAUUUUUAUGUUUUUAUACAUAUGAAAACUAUGUUAUGGAAAUGAUAUACUUACACCAUACCUGUCAGUAGAUCACACUGAAGACCAUAGAUGCAUUUAAACGGAAAUUAAUAUGGCUUCUUUCCAUUAUAAACAGGCAUGAUUUGAAAUAGGGAUUUGAUGUGCAGGAAGUGAUUUUAAAAAAUGCUUCCUGAGACUUGGUUUAAACUCUUGAUACUUUCAUCUGGGAUGAGAUAAAACAGCCUCACUUGAUCAUCUCAUAAACCAAUCUUGAUUUUUUUUUUUAUUCAGGUAGGAAGAGAUAAAAACAUCCUCAUUUGAACUCCUCACAAACUGAGACAGCUCUGCUAAGUUUAGAACCUCCAAGAAAUCUGCCCUGUGCGCUCUGAAUUGGCAGCGUAAUCACCAUUACAGAUCUCAAACACAUAUUUCAGAUUGGCGAAGUAUAAAUAUAUAAAAUAAGCCUUCUGACAGAUCAGAAGAACACAUUUGUAAGAAAGUUUCUGUUCCUAAGUAAAACAACUUGUAGAAAUUACAUUGUGUAUUCUAAAAAGGAAAAAUAAUACAGGGAUUUUUAAUCAAGAAUUCAAGGGUUCCCAUGAUACCCGUAAAUAAAGUAAAUGUCAUCCUACUGUAGAAAAUACAGGUAUGGCCUCUCUUAUCCUGAACCCAAUAACCAAAAAGCUCUGAAUUACAGGAAGGCUAUCUCCCAUUAUAGGAAAUGAUUUCAUAGUUUAAAAUGAUUUCAUUUUUUCUCUGUCUUAAUAAAACAGUAGCUUGUAUUUGAUGGUAACUAAGCUGCAUGAAUCCAUAUUGGUGACAAAACAAUCCUAUUGGGUUUUGGUAAUGCAAAUUAUUGAAAUGCUCCUUAUUUGGUGAACCCCAGUUCACAAAUAUUCCGGAUAAUAGAUCCCAUAUCUGUAGCAAUAAUAAGGUCAUGAUUGUUUCUAAACCAGUACUUGAGUUGCAAAGCUAAUUCAUUGACCUACCCUGAAAAAGAUACUAAAUCUGUGAUAAUAAAAAAUAAAGUGGUCACGCUCAUAAAACUGCUUUUACCAUGUUAUUAUAUUUAAUAAUAUUUAAUAGUCAGGACUGUUCCAUUUACAGGAGUUAUAUAAAUAAAGUGAUAGUUAAAUGGCAUUUAUUGCAAGCCAAAUACUGUAGAUUUCAUUCAUUUUGCUUAUAAUGUGACCUUAAAGGCAUGUCUCUUUUCUUUAAAAAGGUCUAUUUAUGGACACUGCAUCUACCUCAGGGGUUAGUGGCUUUGUGCCUGCUGAAUGCUUGAAAGUGCAAUAAAUAAAUAAAAAAUAAAUACUAGUAAUAAAGACUAGUUGUACAUAGUGUGCCUGGUUGAAUCUGUGAUUGUUUGGUGCUGUAGUCUGCAAUUGGCUGAUACCUGCAGAAUCGGACCGAGUGGCCCGGGGCCCACCAGGGCUGCUGUCUCGGGCCCCCCCCCGCGCUGCGCUUGUGCAUGAAAUGUGCUUUUGCUGCGAUUGGCCCGAAGAAGGGAGGGAGUGAUCCCAUAAAGUAUAAUAUUAUAUUUCCUAAAAUAGCACUAAAAUUGUUAUUAAAUAUGUGUUACCAAAGAAGUAACAGAGUUUUAAUAUUGAGAAUCCUAUAAAUACUAUUUUAGUUAGAUGAUUAAUAUAAUUAUUGUAAUGAUAUUGUUAUAAUUAUAAUGUAAUGAGAAUGAAGAAUGAGAAGAGAAAAUAAUAAUGUUUAUCUUGUUCCGGUUAUUGCUUACAGACAACUAUUCUACACAAUCCCAAGCAAAAUUUGCCAACUGCUAACUUAGAGGCUGAGUUGGUACCUACAGAAAAAAACAUGUUUCAAGAGCAAGUACAACCAUAGUUUGUGCAAUUUAUACAAAGGUACCAGAGGGUCUGUGUCUAGGGUGUCAGCUUUAAGGCGGAGGCCCUCAGUUGCCUAUAUAAUCAAUAUAAUUUUUUUUAAGAAAAAUAAAAAUAUUCACCAGUUGUCAUCAGAGAGUACCUGCAUAAAUCUGGUAGCAGACCUAGGGGGUCUGGUUGUUGUGACGUCACUUGUACCAGUGACAUCACAUGCAGCCAUGUGCAUGACAUCACUUCCACAAAGUAGGAAGUGCAGUGAGAACUGGGGCCUAAGGUGGCACUGGACCUAAAUACAGCAAUGAUUAUGUGUCCGUUUCAGUUCCUGUCCAAUUUUUAUAAAAUGUGACGGCAUUUAAGAUUAAUAAUUUUGUUUUUUCAUUCCUAGUAACACAAAAAAAGCAAUGUUUUUACUUUUUGGGGCUUAAUGAAAUGGUAGGGUGCUGCUGUAUAUUCAUUCCUGUGGUACUACAGCAUUUUUGUUUGUGCCAAUGCAAUAUAAUGCUUGUCUUGACUCAUAUCCACAGUGCAACAGAAUGGUGUUUGUACGUGACAUUAAUCUUAGUGAUAACAUGAAUAAUUUUAGAUUGAUAUGACAGCAUUGAGAUAAUUAAGGAGCUACAAAAAUCAUGUCAAAAUGUUUAUCGAAAUAACGUCUGUCAGUUUUGCACUGAUAGUAAAACUUUUAGCUCUG